AUGUCAACACAACCGUCUAACCCACCUCUCACGCUGCUGCGCGUCAGUGGCACAAAGAUUGUUGACGAAAAUGGCACAGAAGUACUCCUCAAGGGCGCUGGCAUCGGCGGCAUGCUAAAUAUGGAAAACUUCAUUACUGGCUACGCUGGCCACGAGCAUGAACACCGCGCAGCUCUUACGGAGGUCCUCGGCAAGGAAAAGGCCGACUUCUUCUUUUCUCGUCUCCUCUAUCACUUCUUCACAGAGGCCGACGCCGCAUUGUACGCAUCACUAGGCCUCAACUGCUUGAGAAUACCCUUCAACUACCGUCAUUUCAUGGACGACGAUAAUCCGAGCUUGAUUAAGAAGUCGGGGUUCGAGCUACUCGACCGCAUCGUCAACAUCUGCGCCAAAUACAACAUCUACGUCAUUCUUGAUCUGCACGCCGUGCAAGGCGGACAGAACCAAGACUGGCACAGUGACUCGGGCAUCAGCAGGGCCCUAUUCUGGGAGUUCAAGGAUUUCCAAGAUCGCGCAAUUCAACUGUGGGAGGCCCUCGCUCGUCACUAUGUCGGCAAUAAGGUCAUCGCAGGAUAUAACCCCCUCAACGAGCCUGCCGACCCUGAGCACACCCGCCUCAUCGCCUGGUACGAGCGAGCCGAGAAGUCUAUCCGCGCUAUUGACCCAGACCACAUCCUCUUCCUCGAUGGCAACACCUACGCCAUGGACUUCUCUGCGUUCUCACCAGAAAAGACCCUGCCUAACAGCGUCUACAGCUGCCACGACUACAGCAUGAUGGGCUUCCCUCUCCCAGAGCAGUACGAAGGCACUGAUGAGCAGAAGCACAAGCUCCGACAAAGUCUCAUGCGCAAGGUGGAGUUUAUGCAGAAGGCCGGCGUGCCCAUCUGGAACGGCGAGUGGGGCCCCGUCUACCAGAACCCGAAGACGGACCAAGAUGCGGCUGUGACCAACGAGAAGCGGUUCGCCCUGCUUAAAGAACAGCUCGCUAUCUACCGCGAGCUUGGCGGCAUCUCGUGGAGCAUCUGGUUGUACAAGGACAUCGGAUACCAGGGCAUGGUCUAUGUCGAUCCAGAGAGCCCCUACAUGCGCCUGAUCCAGCCAUUCGUGGAGAAGAAACAGCGCAACGGCCUCGAUUUCUGGGGUUGCGCCGAUAAGAGCGGUGUUGACAGCGAGGUGUACGCGCCCUUCAUUGCGAAGCUUAAGGAGAUGAUCCCGGAGCAUCUGCACAAGAAGAAGUAUCCCAAGGUCUGGACGUUCGAUAGGCAGGUCGAGCGCGUCGUCCGGGAGUGUCUGAUGAGCGAGUAUGCCGGGUGGGAGUUUGCGGAGCUGUUCCGCGGUAAAACUGAAAAGGAGCUCGAGGAGCUGGCGGCGAGUUUCGCCCUGGAGAACUGCAAGACUCGUGACCGGUUGAAUGAGUACUUACGGGAAGACGCAGUUACCGCGAAUGGAAAGUUGACGAAUGUGACUAAUGGUGCAUGA